AAUCACAGCCAUCGGAAUGAUGCUGGAUUGCUGCUAGGCUGGGGCGAGACAUCCUGGACCUGGAUCGAUGGGCUGCUUGCUCUGGCCAUCCAGAGAACACUCGUCAAAUCAUGAACGGGACACCGGAACCCCAGGAACAGGAUGCAGAUGAUAUCUUCCAGGAUUGUCCAUCCCUCAACUGACACGGUUCGACCGGCCAUCAACGAGCACAUCCCAGAUAUCUUCACCAUCAUCUGCUGCAACGACGGCUUCCAGCUCGCACUCGACCACAACACCAUCAAGAUCCUGCUGCGAGUGUGCAAACGAGCCCGUCCUCUCCUGAGCUCCAAGGUGCCUCGCUUCCACCGCUGGUGUCAGAGUAUGGAGCUCCUCAAUCCAGAUGGACAGAUGCGGAUCGGACUCACACCAAGCGACCAGAUUGCCAUUUCGCUUCAUUGCUAUGAACACGACACAGCCGACCGAUCCUGGCUCGUUGCUCAGGCAGAGCAUGGCAAUGCUGCAGCCUCGUAUUUCCUGGCAAGGAUCGUCCAAGUCGAAACGCAGCUGGCUACAUACCAAUCCCAGCCGAAUGCCUUCCACCAGCAAAUCCUCCAGUAUCUUAAGAGGGCAGUGGAAUAUGAUCAUCCAAUGGCACAGUUCCACCUGGCUGAGUGUUAUCGCAACGGACUCGGCACCAACCAAGACCACACCAAGGCUGCCGGGCUCUAUCGCAGUCUUGCAGAGCGUGGAAUGCCCCAAGCCCAAAUCGCAUUCGGUCGAUGUUAUGAGUCAGGCGAAGGUGUCGAUCAAGGCUUUGACUCAGCCAUUGAGUGGUAUUCCAAGGCCACCGACCAGGGCAACGAAGACGGUCGCCUCCACACCGUAUUCCUCCAGGCCUGGUUCUCGUUCAUCGGCCGUGGUGUCGAACAGAGCGACGCCGAUGCCUUUAACCACUGGCAAGAAGUCAGCACCAAGUCCACCGACCCGAUUCUCAAGCCCAUCGCAACGUUCAUGGUCGGGUGGAUGCACUACCUCGGCCGAGGCACCGUUCAAGACAAACAGAAGGGCACCAAAAUCAUCCGAGACAACGAAUCAGAUGAAUUCAAGCUUGGAGAGACCGAGUGUCUCGCAUCGUACAACUGGGAAACAAACACCGACUCACGACCCCCAUCCCGCAAGUUCUUCGAGCUGUGCGAGCUGGGAUACUCUCGAAACUGGCUGUGCAGGCAUCUCGUGGCAGUGUGUUUGUUCCUUGGAUUCGGAACCACCAAGGACCGGAAGGAGGCCGUUGGUAUCUUUGGGCAACUCGCCAACGAAGGCCACAGCGACAGCCAGUUGUGGAUCGGAGAGUGCUACUACGGGAGCGGGGGAGUAUCGAAGGGCAACGAGAAGGCAUUCGAGUGGUUCAGCAAGUCGGCCAAUCAAGGCAACUCGUAUGGACAGUGGAGGGUUGCAUUUUGCUACCAUUUCGGACAAGGAGUCGCAGAGGACGUAACUGAGGCCGCCGAGUGGUACCGAAAAUCGGCCGAACAGGGCAAUCGAUACGGACAACAUUGGCUCAGCCACUGCUAUCAAUAUGGCCGUGGUGUCCCCAAGAACAUCGACACCGCCCUGUACUGGCGCCGCAAGUCUGCUGAACAGGGCUUCCAAUCUGCCAUCAAUAACCUCAAGGAACUCGGCCAGUGGCCUUGAUCUCCGAGUGCCUCCCAAGCUCCGCUCCGAAGCGAAUCUCCGUCAUCCCCAUCCAAGACACCACGAUAUGAGACAAUC